GACGGAUGGUGGGGAUGGUGGAGGUCAUCGUGAUGGGUUGGAGAAGGGUAUGGGAGUGCGGGGGGGGAAGAGGGGUGACGUGGAUGGGUGAGGAAUGAGGCGGUGUGCUGGAUGCGCCGGAUGAGGAAGGAGGUGGGGGGAACGAAACGAUGGUGGAGGUUGAAGGGCUGGUGGAUGUGGUGGUAGAGGUGGUAGGAGUGGAGGAGGUCGGCGGAGGGGUGUUGCUGGAGGCGGCUGUGGAGGAGGGAGUGGUUUGCGCUGUGGAGGAGGGAGGUGCGGCCGUGGUGACGACCGUGAUGGAGGGGUUGUUCCUUUCGAGUGUGGUGACGCAGUCGGAUAUGGAUGACACAGUGGCCUUCAUGUCGUUGAGAGAGGCGGUGACGGAGGUUUGGAGGGUGUUGAGAGUGUGGAGGAUGGCGGAAAGGUGGAUGUGGAGGAUGCCGCAGCAGCGAUGGCUGAGGCGACGGCUGCGGAUGAGGUGGAGGCAGGCGCGACGGCAGCGGCGCCUGCGCGUUGGGAGGUCUUGGAUUGGCGUGGUGGCAUGUGGAGAUUUGGGAAUGGCAAAGAAGAUGAGGAGGAGGAGAAAGAGGAGUCCGAGCGGAGGAGGAGGAGGAGGAGGAGGAGGAGGAGGAAGAGGAGGUGGAGGAGGAGUAAGAGGAGGAGGAGGAAGGCGGAAAAAAAAGGUGCGCGCUGACGUGGCAGCCGCGGCCAAUAUCAAUGUCAAGCAGGAGGAGGAGGAAGAAGAUGAGGAGGACGAGAAAGGGGAGGAAGAGGAGGUGGAGGAAGAAGAAGAUGAGGAGGAGAAAGCGGAGAAAGAGAAGGAAGAGGAGGAAGAGGAGGAGGGGGAGGAGGAGGAGGAGGAGGAGGAGGAGGAGGAAGAGGAGGGGUGUUACGGACUCAGCCAGGGCUCGAUCCCUGGUCCGCGGGUAGUAAGGUGCCUAGAGGACGAAUCUAUAGGAUCUCCUGUGGAGUUAGAUGAGCCCCGCCGCCAGCUCAAGGAGCUCACAGACAAGGGAUGGAUUCGGUCUAGUACCUCCCCUUACGAAGCUUCAGUCCUAUUCGUACCAAAGAAGGGAGGUACCUUGAGGAUGUGCAUUGACUAUAGGGGCCUCAAUGCCAUCACCGUUAAGAACGCGGAGCCCCUACCCCGCAUCAACGACCUCUUGGAUAGAGUGCAGGGAUGCCGAUACGUCACCAAGAUAGAUUUGAAGUUCGGAUACCAUCAAAUUGCCAUGAGACCUGAGGACCAGCACAAAACCGCAUUUCAGACCAGGUAUGGUCUGUACGAGUUUGUGGUGAUGCCCUUUGACCUACGCAAUGCACCUGGUACGUUCCAACACGCGAUGAACAUGAUUUUUCAUGAUUACUUAGACAAGUUUAUCGUCGUGUACCUCGACGAUAUUCUUAUCUUUAGUAGGACUUUAGAGGAGCACGCUGAGCACUUGAAAAUAGUGCUAGGUCUCCUAAGACAGCACCAGUACAAGGUUAACUUGGAAAAAUGGGAUGGUCGCACCAAGAUCUUGUACUUGGGUCAUGAACUCUCAGCAGAUGGACUGAGGCCGGAUGAUGCCAAGGUGGCCAGCAUACGUGACUAGCCCAGACCUCAGACUGUUACUCAGGUCAGAUCGCUUUUGGGGACGACAGGCUAUGAUCGUACGUUUGUGAAGAACUAUAGUACUAUAGCUUCCCCACUAACAAAUCUAACUCGACUUG